GUUGGCCCCUCAAUGGCGACAGUACGCAAAGGACUGUCACUGCAUAACAAUGUAGUGGAGCACUUUCCGCAAGAAGGUUCUAAAUUCCCCUCAAAAAAGCUUUCGUCACUGUCCAAGCCCGCCACACUCAAGAAACCGGAGUGCAAAAUGCCAUUCAGUAUUUAUCGAGACACAGUAGAAUCCCCCUGUCGUUUCUGUGGUUCUGUUGUACUCGACACCGAUAAAUCUUUGACUCGGAAAUCACCUGAGGUCGUCUCAACAGAAGUGCAAACUUCGGACGCCGAUAUCAAAGAAUGGCUCUGUGGUGCCAAUCCACCAGAAAACUAUUGGGAAGAAUUGGCUGAGAGGCGCCGCGUGGCUCUCAAGGAGACGCUAGAUGAAAAUCGCGAGUUGUGUGACCUAGUUGACGCGUUAAACAAAGAGUUGGAACGAUUGAGUAGAAUUGAAGAACAAGCCAAACACUUUGCUCAAAUGUACAGCCUAUUCACUAAAGAAGCAGAACAAGUCUAACUGGAAAUGAAGAACACUCCACUACACGACCAGUUUGGCUUUUUAUUUGUUUUGUAUACCAUGUUACCUCGACAUUCCCUGCCAUGUUUGUGACGUCCCGUUUCCUAUGUGCAUUUAUCGUGUUUUGUACCUACCGCCGCUGUUCUACCGCCCUUGUCCCAUCCCUCGAACUCGCAUUCACCUUCGGAACAUUUCCAACGUCUCAUUGACAGUGGAGCUGCAUGGAUUAUACUUGUGGACUGACUAGGUUCCGACUGUUGUGCUUACUUUAUUCCGUGGUCUAAUUUGCGUUCUUGGUCGGUGUUAUGAUAACUUGUAGGGCACCUUUUUAUCCUAAGCUAGCACUGCACAUUACCAAGCG